AUGCAUUUGAGGGUUGUCGCACAGAAAGUGAAGGAAGCGGAGAUUACCGAGCAGGACUCGCUUCUUCUGACGAGGAACCUGCUUCGGAUUGCUAUAUUCAAUAUUAGUUACAUCAGAGGCCUCUUCCCGGAGAAGUAUUUCAAUGAUAAGUCUGUUCCAGCUUUAGAGAUGAAGAUCAAAAAGCUAAUGCCAAUGGAUGCAGAGUCUCGCAGACUUAUUGAUUGGAUGGAGAAAGGUGUAUACGAUGCAUUGCAGAAGAAGUACCUGAAAACGCUUUUGUUCUGCGUGUGCGAAACAAUUGAAGGGCCAAUGAUUGAGGAAUAUACGUUUUCUUUCAGUUAUUCAAAUUCUGAAAGUCAGGAGGUUUCGAUGAAUAUCAGUCGCUCUGGGAACAAGAAAGAGGGUGGAACAUUCAAGUGUAACUCCACUGCAGAAAUUACUCCCAACCAGAUGAGGAGUUCUGCUUGUAAAAUGGUCCGCACACUGGUUCAACUGAUGAGAACUCUGGAUAGGAUGCCCGAAGAGCGGACCAUACUGAUGAAACUCCUGUACUAUGAUGAUGUGACGCCAGCAGAGUAUGAGCCUCCAUUCUUCAGAACCUGCUCAGAGGAAGAAGCUCGUAAUUCGUGGACCAAAAAUCCUUUGAAAAUGGAGGUUGGGAAUGUAAACAGUAAGCAUCUUGUAUUAGCUUUGAAGGUAAAGAGCGUCCUUGAUCCUUGUGAGGAUGAAAAUGAUGAUAUUCAAGAUGAUGAAGUGAGUUUAGGAGCUGAUUCCAUGCAAAGGGAUGAUUCCUCUGAAUCUGACAGUGAGGUUAACCAGUCACAAGAGGAUCGAUAUAUAGUUGCGCCUGUAGAUAGCAGUGCACCACAAGAAGAUAACAGCAUGGUUGAUGAAGAUGACACUCAGGAUUCAGUGGAAGAUGACCAACAAUCGUCCCGGAUAAAGGACUGGAUCAGUAGUCGCCACACUGACACUGUUGAACUUACUGAUGUUCUCUCGAAUUUUCCGGACAUUUCAGUGGUUCUGACUGAAGAAAUUAUGUACAAUCUUGUUAAGGAAGGUGUUCUAUCAAAAACUGGAGGGGACACUUACACUAUUAACGGGCAGAAGAAGUCUGAUUAUGAGUUCACUCUGGUGAAAGAAGAAAUGGAUGGUCAAAUAGUCCCAGUUGCUGACAAGACACCAAAGGUUAAUGAUCUCAUGUACAUGAAGGUAAUUUACCUGACUCUAUUGUCAUUUGUCUAUCUCAGGCGCUGUAUCAUGCAGAACAAGCUUGGAGGGGAAGCAAAUCAGACUACUGUCCGCAAGUUCAUUGAUAAAAUGACACGGGAAGGUUUUGUUGAAGCCAAAGGCAACCGAAGGCUAGGAAAGCGUGUGAUCCAUUCUGAUACUACCCAGAAAAAGCUGACUGAAGUCAAGAAAGCUCUGAAUAUUGAUGCAAUGGAUGUGGACAAUUUUGAACCAAAUAACAAGUCCAAACAUCUAGACCAUACUAUGGGAAGCAAUUACCGGGACACGUCCACAUGCGGUGCCCUCCAUUCCAUUGGAUCAGAUCUCACACGCAUGAGAAUAAGAUCUAACGGUCAUCAAAAUAGUCCCAUGAGGAGUGAGCAGACUACUUCAAAGACAAAGGACCAUGCAAACACUCCAACAAGCAGGCCUGUGACAUCAAGAGAGAGCUUUGUGCCAGGCAAUGAGAACGUCAGAGCAAAUGGCAACUCCGAUCACUGUGAUGAAGGGGAGAGAGUGAUAUGCAGUAGCAGGUCCACCCAAGACAAGCGUUCCAGGAAAACAAGCACGGUCAAGGAGCCUAUUCUCCAGUACACGAAGCGCCAGAAAUCCCAAGCCGUCUGAAAAUUUGCAGCAUUUGCUGUCUGCUGGACUGGAUUUUCCCAUACUUGUGGAAUUUUAAGAUGUAAAUUUUAAUGGGGACAACUGUUAGAAGUGUCUAAUGUGGCAUACUGGGGAAUGCUUUUGCCCAUAUACUAAGCAUUUUAUCAACCAAGGCUUAAGGAUGAUGAUGAUGAUUGAGUAGAUGGCAGAUGUCAUGUCAUCAUAGUGGUGCUGUGCGUUUUGGCGUUAGUCUUUUUUAUUAUUAUGUUAUCGUCAACAGCAAAAAGGAUAGGAUAUGGUUUUAGGAAGGGCAGCAUUGUUUGGAUGCACUUGCUUUAUGCUUUAAAGUUUAAACAACGGCUACCGACGGUGCGUG